AAAAAAUAAUACACAUUCUAGAGGGUAACGAGUAACUGUCAAACAUGAGGAGUUUUUCUGCGAAAAUGAUUAUUUUAGGAAUGAUAUUCCCGAUAUAUUUAACCACUGCGGCGUCCAAUAACCAGAAUGCCGCCAUUAUAGAUGGCAAACGAGCUGAACUGGGACAAUUUCCCUGGCAUGUUAUUUUAAGAAUUAACGAAUUUGAAGAUGAAAUAGAAGUAUGUGGUGGUUCCAUUAUUUCCGAAAAAUAUGUUUUAACAGCUGCCCAUUGUUUUUAUGGUCCCUUUUACGUUGAACUAGUAUUUGGUACCAUAGAACUCAAGAAUAAUGAUACGACAAUGGUCUCUAGAGAAGUGUUUGUACAUCCGGAAUUCGAUAAGGAUACUUUUAGAAAUGAUAUUGCAGUGAUUGAACUACCAGAGGAAUUGGAAUUUACAGAUAAUAUCGAACCCAUACAAUUGGUAUCAUCAGCGCAGGCCUCAAAUGAUUUUAUUGGCACUGAGGUCAUUAUAACUGGUUAUGGACGGACACAGGGACAUGUUAAUAAACUUUCCGAUUGGUUACUUUGGGCUUCUUUAGAAAUUGUCAAUAAUAGUGUAUGUGAUAGGGCGUAUAAUACACCAAUGAGAGAGACAGAGAUGUGUGCGAUUGGUCUUAGCGGUAGUGAUAUGUCACCAUGUAAGGGAGAUUCGGGUGGUGCUUUAGUUUGGAAGCAAGAUAAUAAUACGAUGGUGCAAAUUGGUAUAUUUUCAUUUUUAAAGGGUAAUUGUUCGGAAUAUCCUACGGGUCAUACUAGAGUUACAAAGUUUUUAGAUUUUAUUCAUAAUAUAACGGGUUUAAAUUUUAAUUGAAUUACAAAUAAAACUGAACUAAAAACUA